CAGCGGGGGCCCGGCCUGCGGGUAGCGCGAGCCGCCGAGCGAGCAGCGGGCGCGGCCGCCCGAUCCGGCCAUGAAGAAGAGCGGCUCCCGCAAGCGGGGACCUCCGGAUGGAAACCAUCAUUCUGCGGCGCCCGAGAAGGUCGGCUGGGUCCGGAAAUUCUGCGGGAAAGGGAUUUUCAGGGAGAUUUGGAAAAACCGCUAUGUGGUGCUGAAAGGCGACCAGCUCUACGUCUCCGAGAAGGAGGUAAAAGAUGAGAAAACCAGUCAGGAGGUGUUUGAUCUCAGUGACUAUGAGAAGUGUGAAGAGCUCCGGAAAUCCAAGAGCAGGAGCAAAAAAAACCACAGCAAGUUCACCCUGGCCCGAUGCAAGCAGCCGGGCUCCACGGCACCCAACCUGAUCUUCCUGGCUGUGAGCCCUGAAGAAAAGGAGUCGUGGAUCAACGCCCUGAGCUCCGCCAUCACCAGAGCUAAGAACCGGAUCUUGGAUGAGGUCACUGUUGAGGAGGACAGCUAUCUUGCCCACCCUACUCGAGACAGAGCGAAAAUCCAACACUCCCGCCGCCCCCCAACUCGGGGACACCUCAUGGCUGUGGCUUCGACCUCUACCUCAGACGGGAUGCUAACAUUAGACCUGAUAGAAGACCCUUCCCCGGAGGAGCCAGCCUCCUGUGCCGAGAGCUUUCGGGUCGAUCUGGACAAGUCCGUGGCGCAGCUGGCCGGCAGUCGUCGGAGAGCAGACUCAGACCGCGUCCAGCCCUCGGCACAUCGAGCGAGCAGCCUUUCUCGGCCUUGGGGAAAACCAGAGAAGGGAGCCACCUACACCCCCCAAGCACCGAAGAAGCUGCCCGCUCCAGAGAAGAGCCGCUGUGCCUCCCUGGAGGAGAUCCUAUCCCAGAGGGACACUGCCCCAGCCCGCCCGCUCCACCUCCGAGCCGAGGAAGCCCCCGCCCCCGCCCCGCCGGGGCAGCUGUCCCGGAUCCAGGAGCUGGUAGCAAGGAAACUUGAGAAGACUCAGGAGCUGCUGGCGGAGGCUCAGGGACUGGGGGACGGCAAGCGGAAGGCCAAGGACCCCCCACAGUCUCCGCCCGACUCCGAGUCGGAGCAGCUACUGCUGGAGACCGAGAGGCUGCUGGGAGAGGCUUCGUCCAACUGGAGCCAGGCGAAGAGGGUGCUGCAGGAAGUCAGGGAGCUGAGAGACCUGUACAGACAGAUGGACCUGCACACCCCUGACUCCCACCUCAGACAGACCUCCCAGCACAGUCAAUACCGGAAGAGCCUCAUGUGAAGGACGGGGGGGCGGUGAAUCUGGAAUUUUGGGGGCCACAGACUCUUUAAAUGUUG